AUGCAGAGACAUUCUUUGUUUGUCUCACAUAACCUUUCUGGGCAGUGGAUGAGAGGCUUUGCUGUCAAUCUUGGUGUAGGACAAGUCUUGGAAGUUGAGUUAUGGGGCAUCUAUCUUGGACUGAAAAUUGCUUGGGAUAUAGGUUGCAGUGCAGUUGUGUUUGAGUCUGACUCAGCGACUGCGGUACACCUGCUUAACAAAAAUGUGGAAGACCUUCAUCCUCUUGCUACUAUGUUAUGGGGAUGCCAAAACUAUAUAAACAAAAACUAG